CGAGGAAGAAGGUUUCGGCGAAUAAGAAGAAAAAAAAAAAGGUCUUAUUAUAAAGAAGCCUCUCCUUCGAUCUCGACUCCCCCGCCUCCAAUCGCGCGACUUGUCUCCCGUCUCCAAUCAAGCUGAUGAGCUCUUCGUCUUCCUCGUCCUCCCAGAUGGGUGAGCUUGUAGCUGACAAGCAUGUACGUUACAUUCUUAUGUCAGAAAAGAAGAAAGAGAGUUUUGAGUCGGUGGUGAUGGAUCAUCUCAGGAUGAAUGGUGCCUACUGGGGACUCACCACUCUAGACUUACUCGACAAGCUUCCCUCUGUUUCCGUUGAUGAAGUCGUUUCAUGGCUCUUGACCUGCCAGCACGAAUCUGGUGGCUUUGCCGGAAAUACUGGACAUGACCCCCAUGUUUUAUAUACACUGAGUGCUGUACAAAUCUUGGCCCUCUUUGACAAACUAGACAUUCUUGACGUUGCAAAAGUAUCAAGCUAUAUUGCUGGUUUGCAGAACGAAGAUGGAUCCUUCUCUGGAGAUAUGUGGGGCGAAGUAGACACGAGGUUUUCCUACAUUGCCAUAUGCUCUCUCUCAAUUUUGAAAUGUCUUGACAAAAUCAAUGUAGAGAAGGCCGUUGAUUACAUUGUUAGCUGCAAAAACCUUGAUGGUGGUUUUGGGUGCACACCCGGAGCAGAAUCACAUGCAGGACAGAUUUUCUGUUGCGUGGGUGCUCUUGCUAUCACCGGGAGUCUCCAUCAUGUCGAUAAGGACUUACUCGGGUGGUGGUUAUGUGAAAGACAAGUCAAGUCAGGGGGUUUAAAUGGACGACCCGAGAAACUUCCUGAUGUUUGCUAUUCUUGGUGGGUCCUAUCUAGCCUAAUCAUGAUAGAUAGAGUUCACUGGAUCAACAAAGCAAAGCUUGUCAAAUUCAUCUUGGAUUGUCAGGAUUUGGAGAACGGAGGUAUCUCAGACAGACCUGACGAUGCUGUUGAUAUCUUCCACACCUACUUUGGAGUUGCAGGGCUAUCCCUCCUUGAGUAUCCUGGAGUCAAAGCAAUUGAUCCAGCCUACGCUUUGCCUGUUGAUGUCAUCAAUCGAAUUCUCCUAACCAAAUGAAGGCAAUGGCAGUUCUGUGCGUUGUUCAUUGGUUGGUUUACUUAGACGGUUUUAGAAGUACGGUUUUAGAAGUUCAUUUGAAUGCAUGCUCAAUUGUAAUUUGGGAAUAUUAAACGAACCAUGUGGAUUCAAGUGAUCUACUAAUGGAAGAUGUGAUGAUUGCAACU